UUCGAUCAUGGUUGCCAAAAUGUUAUAAUAUGCAAGCAUGAUGUGAUUUUGCUCAGAUGUUAGAAUAAUUGGUGGCUGUAUAUACAUGUAAUAGCAUACAGUAGGAAGCGAUGGAGAAACUUGUGAUAUAUUUCGUGUUCAUAGUAUUUUCUGGUGUAGACAAAAUUCUGGCAUAUACAUUAAAACAUACAAUGGACAGAUUAGAUUACGUGGAAGACAGACUUAACGCGGAAAGUUCACGGCUUAAUGCGGAAAGUAAAGUCAGAAAGAAAGAGUUCAAUAUUUUGUUGAACAAACUUGGACACAUUGAAACAAUGCUGCAUGACGUGAUUGAAAUGAAAGAAACAAAAAGUGACACUUUUAGAUUUAAAGACGAAACUGGAACUGUAUCUGGUGACAAAAUGAAAACAUUACUUAACGCCUUCAAGGAAGAAAAAGUUCAGAACAUUAGAUUUCGACGAGAAAUAUCUUACGAUAUGCACAAACAAACUGAACACCUAAAGAAAGCUUAUGAACGUAAUGAAAACAGCCUGAAUAAUAUUUCAAGAGAGGUUGAACUGCUAAAAGAGGAAGUAGUAAAUCAACACGUUGAUUCAAAGGAAACGGCAAAGCAUUUCAGACAAAAUAUAGAAGAACAUAUUCAAGACCUGAGGCCUCCUGUAAACUUUACGAAAGAAACUGUUGAAACGAUUUCAUUGAAUGUUGAAACCCUUAAAGAACAGAUUGCCAAUAUAUCGGUAAACCUACAAAACGGUAUACAUUUUCAAAACACGUGUCCCGGCAAUGCACUUGAGGAAAAGCUAGAGGUGACCAGUGUUCAACCAGUCAAACGGUACAAAUCGUGUUUGGAUUUAUACAAUAAUGGCUUUAAGUCUAAUGGAGUUUUCGACAUAGAAAUACAUCAAUCCAAAAAUGAUAAAAUAGUGGCACCAGUUUACUGCGACAUGACCACUGUCAGUGGAGGUUGGACUGUAUUCCAACGACGUCAAGAUGGAUCUGUCGACUUUUAUCGUGACUGGAAUGAUUAUAAAUACGGAUUCGGCGAACUGGAUGGUGAAUUCUGGCUUGGCAAUGAGUACGUUAACAUUCUUACCAAUGACGAUGAAACACAUGAGCUAAGGAUUGAUCUUGAAGACCAUGAAGGGAACCGUGCCUAUGCAAAAUAUAGUAAAUUUAAGGUAGGUCCAGAGAGCACAAACUACAAGCUUGAAGUGAGUGGUUAUUCCGGUGAUGCUGGUGACUCGCUGUUCAAACCUGGUAGUAAUGGUCACAUACAUAACGGAAUGCAGUUCUCUACAAAGGACAGGGAUAAUGACCAAUGGAGUAGUGGUAACUGUGCAUCCAGCUGGAAUGGUGCAUGGUGGUUCAACGCUUGCUUUGCUUCACACUUGAACGGUUUAUAUCGUACACAAUCAAGAUGCAGUACAUUUGCGGGAUGUAUUGUGUGGUCUGCGUGGAAAGAUUAUUUCCACAACAUAAAAUUUACUGAAAUGAAACUACGAUAAAAUAGCAAAAACAUAUACAUGUACUUCAGACUUAUAUCACAAGAAGAUACUUUUAGAUCAUUCUGACCAGAAAAUACUGAUGUAAUUGAUUUUCUAUUUUACAGUCAGAAUGAGAACAAAAGACAUAAGCUGUGUUCUCUGUACGUGUUGGAAAACGAACUAUAGUUAGAAUAGUGGAGGUCUGAGUUAAAUAGGGAUUUCCGCGACAGCAAUGAUAUCUUGUAUAUAUUUUAUAAAAUGAAAACAACUAAGAUGAAUGUAAUUGCUAUAGACCGUAAGAAUCCAGCUACUUUUUUGUGAAAUAAAUUGCUUCAAGCGA